UAAAGCAGUAUAGCAGCGUUCGUGACUUAGUGUCUCGUUGGUAAACUUAUUCAAAUGGAUUUAUAAAACUACCUAUUCGAAACUAGAUCUAAAUGAAAAAAUUCAGAUUUAUUUCAGACUUAUUUCUUUUAUGCAUAUAUGUGCGGACUGCAGUGUUGAGAGUAUAAUUUAUUGAUUCAUUAACAUAACUAUAACGACUAACGCGAAUAGAUCAACUAUUUACAUAAACCUAUUGGCUAUUGUCAACCAAGUAAACAACAAUAUUAUACCAAGACGUAUAUCCUGCCAUGUCCUGCAAAACGUCGUGUAAAAUAAACGUUUAGCAUAUAUUACGCAGUUCGAUUAGGCCGUUGAAUCGAUAGAAAAAAAAUGCAGCGGCGUCAACUGCCGGGAAUAAGUGCGAACGUCACAGCCGGCACGGCGAAGGAACACGCGAGUGGGACGUCAUCGCGGCUCGCCAAAGUCGGCGCGGCGUUGCUGUACGCGGCCGCGUCCACGGCGAUCACGAUCGUCAACAAGUCCGUGUUGACCGGUUACGGGUUCCCGUCGUACAGGUUCCUGGCCGCGUGCCAGAUGCUCGCCACGGUCGUCGCCCUGUGCGCGGCCAAGCGGCUGGGCCGGGUCAGGUUCCCGGACGUCGGCUGGCGCGCGUUCGCCGACGUGUUUCCGAUGCCGCUCGUCCACCUGGGCAACGUGCAACUGGGCCUGGCCGGCACCAAGCAGCUGAGCCUGCCCACGUUCACCGUGCUCCGGCGCCUGGCCAUACCGAUGACCAUGUCGGCCGAACACUACCUGUUGCGCGUCGCGGCCGACCGGUCCGUCAAGACGUCCGUGGCCAUGAUGGUGGCCGGCGCCGUGGUCGCGGCCGGCGGCGACGUCCGGCUGAACGCGGGCGGGUGCGCGUCCGUGUUGUUCAACGAUCUGCUGACGGCCGCCAACGGUGUGUUCUCCAAGAGGAUGCUGAACGCCAAAACGGAAAUGGGCAAGUGUGGCCUGUUGUACUAUUCGUCGCUGUUCGUGUUGCCACUCGCCCUGGCCCACUUGUAUUUUUCGGACGAUCUACAUCACGUUUACAAAUUCAAUUAUUGGUCACAUCCAGCAUUUUUAAUACAAAUGUUCGUUUCAUCUAUAAUGGGCUUCGUGUUAAAUUACACUACGAUGUUGUGCAUUCAGUACAAUUCGGCCCUGACGACGACAAUAAUUGGAUGUCUUAAAAAUAUAAUUGUCACUUAUGCUGGCAUGUUUAUUGGUGGUGAUUAUGUGUAUACGUUCUAUAACUUUAUUGGUAUCAAUAUUAGUAUUAUCGGUAGUCUAUUUUACACCUAUAUAACGUUUAGAACGCCUAAUGCCUAAAUACUGAUGAACUUGAUGAAGUAUAACAUUUAAUAGGUACCUAAUACCUAUACUAAUUA